CUCACUCAAACUCAAUAACCCCAAACCCGAAAUGCUCUGCGCAACAACUCGCCCACUCUUCACCACCCCCACCACCCACUUCGCCACCACUCGCCGCCCUCUCCUCCGCCGCAUCUCUCUCUCCACCACCACCACCCGCGCCACAAUGUCCACCACCACUAACUCCACCAUCGAACACAUCGUCCUCUUCAACGUCAAACCCACCGCAGACACCACCCAACUCUCCGCCAUGCUCACCGGCCUCAACUCCCUCACCACCCUCCCUAUGGUCCUCCACCUCACCGCCGGAAAAAUCCAUCGAAACCGCUCUUCUUCCCUCUCCUUCACCCACAUCCUCCACAGUCGCUACCGCACCAAACAAGAUCUCGCCGACUAUUCCGCUCACCCUGAUCAUCUAUCCGUCGUUCGAACCAGCGUUUUGCCCAUUUGCGACGACCUUUUGGCCGUCGAUUGGGUCGCGGAGAAUCUCGAUGGUCCCACUGGGGUUAAACCUGGUUCCGCCAUUAGAGUUCAGUUGAUUAAGCUUAAAGAAGGGGUUGAAGAGGAGAAAAAGGGGGAAGUGGUUGAAAUGAUUGGGAGAUUGAAGGGGAGGAUUAGCGGAAUUGAGCAAUCUUCCGUUGGGGUGAAUUUUUCGCCUGCGAGAGCUAAAGGGUUUGAGGUUUGCUCAAUUGGGGUUUUUGGUGGGGUUAGUGAUUUGGAUUCUCAUGAUGCUGAUUCUGAUCCUUCUAAUGAGAAACAUAAGGUUAGGGAUUCUGUUGAUUCUCUUGCCAUUGUUGAUUAUGUUGUUCCGUCGCCUUCGAGUCAGUCUGCUAGUCUUUGAUUCAUGAUCAUCAUGUAGUUUGUUUGUUGUAUGGGAUUAACAAUAAACAAUUUGAUCAUGUAUUAGUAGCAUACUUGUUGGUUAAUGUGAUUUUGUUAAGUGAAUAAGACACUGGAUAAUCCAAAUUUGAUGGCUAAUUAAUGAUGGGAGUUAUGAUAUUGAUAUUUUCAUGCAA